CAAAAAAGGUUUUGGUUAAUUAAUUAACUAAAAUUCAGCAACAUUUGCCAACCAAAUGACAACUAAAAUAUUCAAAGGUUUAUUUCGUACACGGGCACCCGCUGUUCAUAAUGGCCAUGACGAUGGCGAUGGCGUUGACAAGGACAUGACUUUAACAUCGCGUGUCAACUUGCUGCAACAGCCGCGCGAAUCCCAAGAUAACCACAACGCAACCAGGCCAACAUCUGUGGAUAAAAAUAUUUCUUCUACGAAGAAUCAACAGUUUCCUGGCAACAUCAAUGGUAAAGGCCAAAGUAAACACCGCCAGCACUUAGAUGUUGUGCCGGUUAAGCCCUAUGCCAAAGGACAAACACACAAGGCGACUAAGGAGGAGCAACUAGAGCAGUUGCAGGCAGCGAGCGUCAACACAGACAACAAUAGCUCGGGCGUCAACAACAUUCGUCACCACAACAUAACAUCCGUGCGACGCAUACGGCGACCCCCACUCUGGAUGGGCCACCAUGAAAAGGCCAAAGCAAGAGAAACCAUCAACAAUUACCGGAAUUCUCAUGCAAAGGAUGCUGCUAGUCCUGAGCAUGGCGAAAGUGGCGAUGAACAGGGCAGGUCUGCAUGUCGAAGCGGCUUAUUGACAAAGACGCACUCAUUCAUUAUCGAGUUUCUGCAGAAUUCCUCCAUACAUGGCUUUGUCUAUUUGGCGAAAAUUGGAUUAAAUUUCAUAGAAAGGACUCUGUGGUUUACGUUUAUCUGUGUGGCGGUAUUUAGUAUUAUAUCGCUUAGUCGCCGCACCUGGGAGCGCUUUCAAACGUCGCCCAUGGUCAUAUCCAUGGAUCGCAAUAAAUUGGUUUGGAAUACCAGCUUUCCAUCAUUGACUGUGUGCCCACACAAACGCAUCGAUGAGCUUAAAGUGGAGGAAUAUAUACUCUCCCAUCCCGACAUAUUUGAGCAUGAUGAAGAUAAGGAGGGCUUCAAAGAUUUCAUUGAGAAGUUAGCACGUCUAACCUACGAAAACAUAGACCAAUUGGUUCUGAAUCACUCAUAUGGCAUAAGGAGUGAUCAAUUUUUGGAUUUACUUUACGAAUUGAAAUGGCAUUUUGAACCAGAGAUUAGCAGUGGAGCUGCCGUGAAAAUGUACAUUUAUGAAACCCAGACAGAAUUUGGUACAUGUCACUCGGUCAAUAGUUUGGUGGCCCGAUACAAUUCCUAUGAUUAUUGGAAAAAUAAUCUCUGGCAUCCUUUGCAUCAUGGAGCUCGUGUUACAGUCCAUCCAUUGGAUGGCGAGAUAUAUGCCCAAAUUAUAAAUCUAUCGACAGCUUAUGAUGUGUUCUUCCAUAGUUCAGGCGAUAUACCGAGUAUAACCAAGCAACGUUAUACGUUUCCAGAGACCGAUUAUACCACAGUGGAAUUGAUAGCCCUGGAGAUAUACACAGCUGAAGAUGGAAAAGCAUUUUCCACCAAGCAACGCAAAUGUCGUUUUCACUAUGAGGCCGAAGGUAUGUUGACUUCGCCGAUUUACAGUUUCGGUUUGUGUUUGGCCGAAUGUCGCAUGUUUUUGGCUUUGAAGAUAUGCCAUUGUGUGCCUCAUUUCUAUAGGAAUAGAUUGAGAAAUGGAAGAGUUCUGCCUGUUUGUGAUCUACAAGGUUUAGCCUGUGUGGCAAUUUUGAAAAGUGAGAUGAUAUCAUUGAAAUCUAUUCGCCAUAAAAUCACUUGCAAUUGUUUGGCCAAUUGUGAUGACUCCAACUUCUUUGUACAAUCCUAUCGUUCUCGUGUUUGGUUUUUGGGAGCUAACUUACAAUGGGGCAUUAUUGAUUAUCCCAAGAUGCAGUUGCGCCGUGAUGUUCUCUUCUCCUUUGCCGAUGUCUUGGUCUAUAUAGGCGGCCUGGUCGGUUUCUUUUUGGGCUGCAGUGCAUUAAGUUUCACCGAAGUCAUUUAUUAUUUCACCAUCAGAUUUAUUAGAAGACUUUAUGCUUAAAUCUCUCCCCUUUAAGCUUUAUGCUGAAAUAAAUGAGAGCUCAUGUCAAAUACACAAGCACCAGUAUACGCAUUCAUACUAAUUAUCAUCAACUUAAUGACCCCAAUCAAUUGGUGAAUGGUCAUAAUCCAUUACGACAAUUGUGUGACAUUUGACAAGCGGAAAAUGCUGCGAUUUAUAUAAAUUACCCUGCAAUUGUUACUAAGUUCAUUUAUAUAAGGUAUUAAUAUGUACUACGUGCUAUCCUACAUGUGAAUAUACAUAUCUGUGCGUG